AUUCUGCACAAACACUUGUGGAAGAGAAAACUUAGGAGGUCCAAGUUCAGCAUUAAACGAUCUGCCACCAAAGAUUCCAACCACGUUCCUCCGUCGGUUUAGUCCUCGGACGCGCUUCACGCUUAGUGCGCCUGCGCCCGCGCGAACUGUGAUUUCCCCACCCCCACCCCGCCUCCUCUUUGGGGACGUAAAACAUGCGCCGGGAGGCGGGACGCGGGCUACGCAUGCGUGCUCAUUGCAUCAGCUGCUGGGUCCGUGCUGGCGGCUGGAACCGAGAAGACUGCGUUUGCUGCGGUGUCUCUCGCGCCGGUGUGGUGCCGUGCGCCCGGAAACUAAGAAAAGAAGGGCUAGAGUAAGUGUUCCCCUCGGCCGCUCGAGUCGGUACUAUAGUAUUUCCUUCCCGUCAGGCCAGUGGCUAUAGGGACCAGACCCCGCCCCCUUCCCGGCCUAGACUCCCUUUCCCUCCCUGCCCCUUUCCCACCGGGUACCCCCUCAUUUCCUCUUGUUCUGCCUGCGAAUCCCCGCCAAAGUCAUGAAGCUCGUGAGGAAGGACAUUGAGAAAGACAAUGCGGGCCAGGUGACCCUGGUCCCCGAAGAACCUGAGGACAUGUGGCACACCUACAAUCUAGUGCAGGUGGGCGACAGCUUGCGUGCCUCCACCAUCCGCAAGGUACAGACUGAGUCCUCCACAGGCAGCGUAGGAAGCAACCGGGUCCGCACUACUCUCACUCUCUGCGUGGAGGCCAUCGAUUUUGACUCUCAAGCUUGCCAGCUGCGGGUUAAGGGGACCAACAUCCAAGAGAAUGAGUAUGUCAAGAUGGGGGCUUACCACACCAUCGAGCUGGAGCCCAACCGCCAGUUCACGCUGGCCAAGAAACAGUGGGACAGUGUGGUUCUGGAGCGCAUCGAGCAGGCCUGUGACCCAGCCUGGAGCGCAGAUGUGGCGGCUGUGGUCAUGCAGGAAGGCCUCGCCCAUAUCUGCUUAGUCACUCCCAGCAUGACCCUCACUCGGGCCAAGGUGGAGGUGAACAUCCCUAGGAAACGGAAAGGCAACUGUUCCCAGCAUGACCGGGCCUUGGAGCGAUUCUACGAACAGGUGGUCCAGGGUAUCCAGCGCCACAUAAACUUUGAUGUUGUGAAGUGCAUCCUGGUGGCCAGCCCAGGAUUCGUGAGGGAGCAGUUCUGCGACUACAUGUUUCAACAAGCAGUGAAGACCGACAACAAAGUGCUCCUGGAAAACCGGUCCAAAUUCCUUCAGGUACAUGCCUCCUCUGGACACAAGUACUCCCUGAAAGAGGCCCUUUGUGACCCUUCUGUAGCUAGCCGCCUUUCAGACACUAAAGCCGCUGGGGAAGUAAAGGCUUUGGAUGACUUCUAUAAAAUGUUACAACAUGAACCUGACCGAGCUUUUUAUGGACUCAAGCAGGUAGAGAAGGCCAAUGAGGCUAUGGCAAUCGACACAUUGCUCAUCAGUGAUGAGCUUUUCAGGCACCAGGAUGUAGCCACACGGAGCCGAUAUGUGAAGCUGGUGGACAGUGUGAAAGAGAAUGCGGGCACUGUUAGGAUAUUCUCUAGUCUUCAUGUAUCUGGAGAACAGCUCAGUCAGUUGACUGGAGUGGCUGCCAUUCUCCGCUUCCCUGUCCCUGAACUCUCUGACCAAGAGGAUGAUUCCAGUUCUGAGGAAGAUUAAUGAUUGGAACUUCUAACUUAGACAAUCUGUGUCUCCAUUGUUACAUUUCCUUAGCAUCCUGGCAGAAAGCUGCAAGGCACUUUGUGAUUCUUACAGGAAUUUCUCAUGUCUUUGGUCACACUAGGUAUUGUGUGAUUGGCAGGACAUGUAUUCAAACCAAACAAUAAAUUAAAAGGAAAUAAUCUCCACGUACUACCAUCUUUAUUAAAUAGGAUAAUUUAUAUAGAAACUGUGAGUUAUUUGCAGUACUCAAAAAGCAUUUUGUGUAUUUAAUAAGAGUACCUAUAUAUUCUUUGGGAUAGAUCAUAAAAUCCCAGAUGUUUUUCCCUUGUCCUUUAGGAAAAGCUGUUUGGUAUUUCAUUAUCCUCAGUUACACUGUUUAUCUUAAUUCUACAUAGUGUUCUUGCGCUGUUUAAUGAUCCCUUUCUGCACUUUUUUAAGUUUUAAAUUUGCUAUUUUAAGUGAUGGCCAAAUAAUUGUAGACUUUUCUAGAAAACAAAUUUAAAAUGGUAUUUUUCUUAAGAAACUUGUUAAGCUCUUGGUGAAUUUUUGUUGUUGUUGUUACAAUUAAUAUUUGCUUUGGAGGACCACAUAGUUACUUUGGGAUCAUAGAGCUUUGACCUGCUAGGGAUUUCAAGAUAAGCUAUUCGAAGUAUUUUUAUUUUUAAAAUGCAAUUAAAGUGUGUGAUUUACUUGUUAUGUGGCUAAUUAGUGCCAAAGCUGAAAGUAGUCCCCAGUCUAGACUCCCAUUUCUUUGUGCUACCACACUAUGUAUUUAGUUGGCUUAUCAUAAAUAUGUAUAGUGCUAUCUUAUAUUUCUAUGUGGCAUUAGUCUGUGCUUGCACAUUCUUAUUGGACUUUCCCUAGACCUUAAGUUGGAGUGAGAACACCUGUUCAGAAAGUUUGGUUAAGUCACAUCUUUAGUAGUAUGUGGUAGCUGACUUGUAGUCCAAUACUUUUUACUGUAAUGAUGGAAUUUCUGCAAAUAUGUGACUUUAAAGUAUUAUUUUCAUUAAGUAUCUUUGAUGUGCAUUUUUAAGAAUUAGGAAGGGGCCCUGAAGUGUAAUUGCAUCCUGACCUUUUACAAACCUCAGCCUUAGCAAAAUAAUUAGGAAAGUCACUAUAAAGAAAAAAUGAUAAUUCAGUUUGCAACUGAUGAGUAUCUACUUCAAGUACAGAUACUAAGUAAAUUGUUGCUUGUCCUUUUUGUCUCUGGGCCUUUCUCCUGGGAUAGAUCCCAGGUUGGGAUUUUUUCAUAAUUUCUGACUAUUGUGAGCUUUUUUUUUUUUAUCUGUAAUUAGGAAUAGACACCUCCAUGUACUUUAAAAUUACAUUGUUACAUAUCUACCUCCUAAUCUACACAUAAUUUGGAUUGUGAUUAUGUCAGUGGAUAUUUAACUUUACAAUAUAUGAAAAACAUGUUAUUAAAUCACUUGGUAGUAUAGAAAUGAAAUUGCUAAGACUUUUAAUGUCUUAUUUAAUGUCUGAUUGAUAAUGACUCAUAUUCUCAGUAAGAAUUUAAAGAUUUGGGGCAUAUAUUACUCUCAUAAUCUAUGCAGUAUUGGUUAUUCCUAGGUCUGUUAUCUACAAUGAUAGAAAUCAGGAGAAAUAAAACCUACCCAUAAAUCUGACCAAUACAUUUUAGGUCAUAGGUUCUCAAACUAGCUGGUUGUUAGCCUGACCUUGAGAGCUUUUGAAACUCAAUACCCAGACUGCAUCCCAGCCUAAAUAACCUUCACCCUAGAAGUGAUGUUUUGUUUUGUUGUGUUGUGUUUUGUUUUGAUUUAAUCCCCAGGUGAUUCCAUUGGGUAUCAAUGCUGAGAACCAUUGAUUCAUGUCUUGCUAUUGGUCUAUGGACCACCAGCAGACUGGACCCAGGACCCUGAGAGCUUGUGGGAAAAUAGAGUCCAGGACCUACCCUGGACCUUGUGAGUUUCAAUCUGUAUCUUAACAUCUCCAGUUGAUUACUGUGUAUGAUACAAUCUGAUAAACAUAGGCAAUAGUUUAUUCUCCCUGUGCUAAUAAAUCUAUGGCUGGGGUUGCCAGAUACGGAGAAAAACAUUUGAAUUUUGUUUUGUUUUGUUUUUGUUUUUGUUUUUAAAACAUUUGAGUUUCAAGGUCUUUCGAGAGAGUUAAUUGGCCAGUAUUCAGCUUAACUAUCAAUAAGACUUUUCAAAAUAAAAGCAUAUAUUUUUGUCUGUAAAGUGCUUAAAAUAUCUUCAAAAAUUUCUAUUUUUUAAAAGUUAGAUUUUAUACCAUUAUCAAGAAUAUAAACAUAUACGUAUAGGGUGAACUAUCAAAAUAGUGAUAGUAUAUGUACUAAGCAGUAAAACUUUUUUGUUUAUCUUAAUAAAAUAAAUGGGCUUUGUAGAAGUGAAAAAAGUAGUGAUAGCAUAUAGAAUUUAAAAAUUAUAAUUUAUUUGUUACUAUUCUCUAAAAAGCAAAAUGAAUGAUAAGUCUUGGAAAUCAUAUAUAGUAGUUUAAUUCUAAUUGCUAUUCAUUAACAGGGAAUAACUGGUUACAAAUGGAAACAUACCUCUCAAUGAAAUUUUGUACUGUAAAUUUCCUUUUACUAUCAGGCACUUACAAGCAAAGAUUUGCUGCCCCUCCUGGACACAAUAAGUAAGAAGUGUGCAGAA